AUGGCGAUCACUGCUAAGUGCCACAAGCUCCUGGAGGCUGAAAUCCUUCAGCGAUCCUCGCAAAUCGUCUCGGUUGUUGGCGAACAAGCAUAUAUCUUCGGAGGAGAGCUACGACCUCGUGAGCCUCGAGACAAUGAUGUGCACGCCGUAUCUCUGGACAACGCUACUGCCUCAAUAAGUUCUCAGCCCCAAUCCUCCCAAUCUCCCUCUGCCCGAGUCGGAACAGCAUCUGCCACUCUCAAUGGAAAAAUAUAUCUUUUCUCUGGCCGUGGGGGUGUCGCAAUGGCCCCUAUCGAAGAACAAGGCGCGAUCUGGGAAUAUGACCCUUCCACUUCCACCUGGUGUCUGAUCGAACCAUCAACAACCAAGUCGGCUGCCAUCCCAGCUGCUCGCAGCUAUCAUUGCAUGACCAGCAACGGAAAAGACACACUCUACAUCCACGCAGGAUGUCCCGAAUCAGGACGACUAUCAGACUUGUGGGCGUUCAAUGUCUCACGCAAAGAAUGGACCGAACUUGCUCCAGCCUUCGAUCCCCCUCGUGGUGGUACAUCCAUUGCCUUUGCGGAUGGAAAAUUGUACCGUAUGAAUGGGUUUGACGGGAAGACCGAGCAGGGUGGAAACUUGGACAUUUAUACUCCAGAGACCAAUUCUUGGGAGACCCAUGUCUAUGCCCCCGGCGGAAAGGAAGGCCCUUCUCCACGAAGUGUUAGCGCCUUGUUGGCUAUUUCCAUCAGUGGCCGGUCCUAUCUGAUUACCUUGUUCGGAGAGCGGGACCCCAGUUCAUUGGGCCAUCAGGGUGCGGGCAAGAUGUUGGGUGAUGUGUGGGGCUUUGAUAUUGAGAAUAAGAAGUGGGAACAGGUGGACAUGCAGGGUAGUGAACUCCCACUUGCUAGGGGUUGGUUUGAUGCCGAUGUUGCCGCUUCAAAUUCAAUCAUUGUUCAUGGUGGUCUGGGAGAGUCCAAUGAUCGGCUUGGGGAUGUCUGGAAGUUUGAGUUUGCCUAG